UCCGCCAUUGGACCCAACCUUCAUAGAAAUUGCAGCAACCAAGCAAAAUUUGCUUGACGAUGUCUUUUGGGAAAGGUAUGUGUGGAGAGAAGGGUGGGGCUACCGGUUUUAAGGUCGAUGAUGCUUAAGGUAUGGAAGGUUGACAACGGCGUAACUUUCAAGUCUUUGGGGGCGAAUUUGUUUGUUGUAAUUUUCAUGAAUGCGGGGGAUAGGGACAGGGUGUUGGCUGGAUGACCCUGGUUCUUUGAUAAUGCUGUGUUUGUUCUCAAGGCGGUUGAUCUAAAUACUCUCCAUGCCAUGGAACUCACUACUGAACAGUUUUGGAUUCAACUUCAUCAACUCCCUAUGGGCUGUAUGGACCGUACUAUUGGUGAACAAAUUGGCAAUUCAAUUGGAAGGGUGAUUAUGGUUGAUGUCCCAGUGGAAGACCUUGGCGGGGGUCCUUAGUUGUGAAUGCUUACUGAAGUGGAUCUCCAGAAGCCUGUCUCUCGUGGUCGAACUAUCAAGUUAAUUUUCAGAAUGUAUGGAUUCCUAUCCAAUGGGAGAAAUUACCUAGGAUAUGUUUUCAAUGUGGCCACAUGUUCCAUGGUAAGGAUGGAUGUUCUUUCUCUGAGAUGACAAACCUGCUAGGUGCGAGUCAGUUUUGGAGUUGGCUUUGGGCAACGUCUUCUGGUGGAAGAAGGGAAGGCUCUGAGUUGGUGGGUAGAGACCAGCCGCCACAGGUUUUUUCUGAAGGGAUCCAGGAUGGUUGUCGGAGCAAGGGUAGAAAGGAGAGGGAGGUUAGUGGUGGAAAACCGAUAAUAGGGAACGGUCACCAGUUACCAGUCGUAACUGACAGUGCCACGUGUCCUAUGGGUGAGAGGGUUACUAUACAGCAACUUCCAGUAACUGCAAGGAAGUUAGUUACAACUGUUGGGACUUCAAAUUAUUCCUCACGGGGGGGUUACUUGACGAAGGAUACAUUGGACUGGCCUUUUAGAGUGCAAGAUGGGCUUGGACCCAUGGAUUUAAGUCUCCUUACUGCACAGAAACAAGUCGUGAGCAACUCAGACAAUUCCAAAGAUGGGCAUGGGGCUGGUCUCAGGGUGUUGCGAAGGGUUGUUCAGCAGAGAAAGAGUGCAACGGUUACUGAUGUAGGGGUGCAUGACGGGAGUUCAGCUUCGACGGAUGCCUCUGCUUCUAAGGGAGGUACGUGGAAACGAAAGGCUAGAGCCUCUGGUGGUUCAGGAGGAAAGAAGUAACCAUGUUCUAUGGUCGUGUGCAACAGCUCAGGAUAUUUGGGCUGAUAAUGAGAGUUUUUUACAGAAGGCCAAGUGGGGUGAAACUGAUUUUUGCUCCACAUGCAAGGAAAUGCAAGAGACUCUUACAGUGCCUCAGUUGGAAUUAUGUGCAUGUGUUUUAAGGCAACUUUGGCUAAGGAGAAACAGGUGGGUUUUUUAUGAUGCUUUUGCUGCACCUAGAACUUUGUGGUUGAGUGCAAAAUCAGAGCUGGAGGAGUUCCAACAAGCUCAACACUCAGUAACAGCUCAGCACGAAGAACAGCAUGUUGUAAGGAAUAUUGUGAAGUGGAGGAGACCAGAAGGGGACUGGUUGAAAGCAAAUUGGGAUGCUGCUUUUUCUGAGAGCAGUAGAAAGAUGGGAGGGGGCUGCGUGGUAAGAAACUGUGAUGGGGAAAUCCUUGUAGCAGCAGCUUGGCCCAGGAGUUUUAUUUCUAAUCCGUUACAAGCAGAAGCUUUAGCUUUGGAAAGAGCUACGGAUUUAUGUGCUGAAUUGGGUUUCCAGAAGGUUAUCUUCAAGGGUGAUUCUCUUAUCUUGGUGAAGGAUAUUCUAUGCAAAGAGGAGAAUAUGUCCUGGUAUGGUCAACUUGUGGAAGACUUGAAACCAGUUUUCACUAACGAGUCUAGCAGACGACUACAACAUGGACUAGGUAACCAGGCAGCUCAUGUCCUUGCAAAACUGGCUCUACAAUGUAAUGAAGAAGUUGUUUGUCUUGAAGAGGGACCAAGAGAGAUUAUGAACUGUAUUGAUCAUGACAAAUUUGUUUCAUUGCUUAUUUGAUUAAUGAUAUGGAUGGAUUUCUUUCAAAAAAAAAAAGAGCAAAAUCUCAAGUUAUCUGCAUUAAAAUCUUUUGAAACAAGAACCUAUACUUCAAAUUUAAUUUACAAUAUCUAUCACAACCUCCAAAUUAAUACAAUAAUUUGUAAUUUAAAAGGCAUUACGAUCAUUGAAGAUCAACUCUUUCAGCACGGAUAGAUUUACAUCAAAAAAAUGUAUACCAAUCUAGAGUUCUUAGAAAAAAUCAUUUAGCUAAUCGAAAUAUGGUUUCAACCGUACUUCGUAUGGGACAAUAUUGCUUGGUGCUUCAAUGAAGUUGUUCGAAUCACACUCCGUAUGGAACUCCAUACGUGCCAAUCUGUGUGCAGUUUGAAUCAUUUAGUCUGUAUAAUUGGACACCAUAUAUCAUGCUGAAUGAGUCAAUCUAUUUGCAUCUCGAAUCAUCUAGUCCGGAAAGAACACCAUACAUCACUCUAUACGAAUCAAUUUGCCUCAUCUUCUCAGCAUGGUCGUCCGAAUGGCUCAGUACUGAUGUUGCUACAGAGUCACAUUAGCCUCAAGAUUGUGCAAAAAUUGUUUGUCUUGUAAUGGGUAACUCCCCAUGACCCAUAUUGUUGUGUCCACAUGACAUGGGUGGGAAUUUAUUAAUUAAUUCCCCACCACUAAGACAACUUCAGGGAAGUUAAUUAACUUCCCAUAUAGAAACUCUUUAAAUAAAUAUUUACGUACCUUAAAUUAGAUGUGUGUAAAAGUCUACGUACAAAAAAGAAAAACCCUUUGAAGAUGCCAGCUUUAAUUUUAGACAAAUAAAAAAUUGUUGUCAAGAUUUAUCUUCAAUAAUGGAUUAGUUGAAGAUCUCUGUGCUGUUGAGAAAGAACAAGCUAUGAUCAAUCCCUGGAUGCUUGAAGAGAGAGACUUUCAUGUAUAAGCUAGCCAUGCUGGUAAAAGAUUUCAGGAAGAUUGCUUCUUUUCUUGAAGAUGACACACAGAGUUGGUGACCCACAAAAACACUUGCAUAGAUCUACUUGAAGAUCUCAAUGCCGAAGUAUAAAUCGGGAAGAAGACCAAACCACAAAACUUCUGUGAGCACAAAAACCACGAGCUCGAGAAGUAGACGACGCCACCAAGCUUGAUCUAUGAGCACGAAGACCACUGAAGAGUUUUCACACCAACAAGAAGUGGGAAGACCACGAGCUCAAUUUUCUUUUGUUUUUUUGACUUUUUGCUUCUUUUUUUCUUUUUUUAAAAAUAACUGCUAAUGUGCGACUUCGUGGCAACUUUAGCCGGCAACUGUACCUAGCAAAAUUGCUUUGUUAAUGGUUUAAUUAGUUCAAUUGGUAAUUGGCCAACGUCCUUAUUAGCAUCAUUGAUGGCCAAUGUCCUUUUUAUUAAUUUAUCUUCUUUAUUGCACAAAUGCUGUAUGUACAAACGGCUACUUUUUACAUGCAUGAUUGAAUUUUCUAUAUAAUGGAGGCAUCCGUCAAGUAUACUUUUAAGGUUUGGAGUAUGUUGUCGUCUUUCUAUAC